AUGUAUGGCUUGAAAUACAGAAAUGAAGACAAUGUUCAAGAGGACAAAGAAGAUGACGACGAUGAUGAGCAUGUAACUACUACUGCCAAGACACCACAAAGCCGUAAUGGAAGCUUGCUGGCUUUCAAGGUCGAUGGUGCUAAGCUCCAUCUAGUUCAGACUGUUUCACAACCGUCAGCAAUUUUGGACCUUCGCUUUCACCCAGCCAAAGACAAGCAAAAUAUCCUGGCUGUGGUAUCCAGUACAGGCACUCUGGCCGUAUUCAAGCUGGACUCUGCACAGAACUCCUCGGCACCCCUACAGCACAUCUCAACAAGUCGAUGCGAAGAUAUUGGAGAGGAUUCUUUGUUCCUACAGUGUAAUUGGCACCCCGAGAUACCCAAUGUAAUCGGUGUAACAACAUCGACAAGCCCUGCACUACUCCUGCACUUGGAUGAGGAAUAUUGCAUCAAAGACUACACAGAGCUCAACAUUGCCAAUUCACUCGAGGCUUGGUGCAUCGCCUUUUCUUCAGGGACAGCUGCUUCAAACGACGACAAGUCACACGCUACAGCUUAUUGCGGCGGAGAUGACUCAAUACUCCGCUAUACAUCCUGUGUCUGGGAUCCCAAUGAUUCUGAUCCCCCCUGUGAGGAGCCCUAUUCACCCAUCACCAUCAAAGGAAUGCACGACGCAGGAGUCACCGCAAUUCUCCCACUCCCUUUAUUCACUCAGAACAAUGGGAGGGUUGUUGUGACAGGCAGCUACGACGAUAACCUACGUGUUUUCAUUAUACACGACCUGCACGAGACCUAUGGCAUGAAAAAGGUCGAACUGGCACUUGAAGAGAACAUGGGAGGAGGCGUUUGGCGUUUGGAUCUUGUCAAUAUUCAAAAGGGCACUGACUCAACUAAGAUCAGAAUCCUCGCUUCAUGCAUGCACGCGGGUGCAAGGCUUGUCAAUUUGGAGUUGAAGCAAGAACAAGACUGGUCUUGCAAGAUCCUGGCAAGAUUUGAAGAGCACAAGAGCAUGAAUUAUGGCAGUGAUUUUGUGAGGAGUGAUCAAGCGGGAGAAAGCCUGUGGUGUGUAUCGACUAGCUUCUAUGACAAGCUGCUUUGUUUUUGGAAGUAUGAGCCAUAG